AGAGUAUGUGCGGGUGCGGAAGUGCUUGUUGGUUUUGUAAACGGACUCGUUGCCAUAGUAGAUUUCAGGGGUGGUGUAAGGAUCGAUAUCGUGCGACUGGCGUGCCCGUAAUGGCGAGCUCAUGCUUGGUUUGCUAUUUGAUUCGAGAUGGCGAACUGAUUGUUUGACUGUACGUGGUGGUUUCAAUGACGCGUGGUCUCAAUGUCAGAAUUGGAAAGUUAUGGACGAGGACGGGUUGGUUGGUUGAUGGACCGAGACUGGCGGUGGAGGAAUUGGUGAAGAACAAUCCAAAUUAGAUCCGAGGUUGGAUUGUCGAGGUAUAUAAUUGCAGUGGCAGUGGCUGGAUGAAGUGGCUGAUGUACUUCAAGAAAUUGGAAACCACACCUGCAAAAUUCUCAGUUCUGUCGAGUCUGCAAAGUGAAAGUGCUAGGUUGUCAGGAAAUCUGAGGAUGAUGUAGUGGGUGGAUCGUCGAGUUAAUCGAUAAGGGUCCCCCUGCGCCUGCCUCCUAGACUGCUGAGAGUGGGUAGGAGGGUAGGUACCUAGUGGUGGGGCAAACAGGACAGGCACCGAACUACCUGCCUAGGUACUCAACUAUUCGAGUACUUGAAUACCAGAUAGCUAGGUAGGUGGGUAACAACUUCACGAUAUUUCAGUUCUCUCGGAAACAAAGAGGGCAGCGAGCAGCAUCAGAUUCGGCAUCCAGAGAACUCGGUAUCGUGAACAUGUGCUGCGCAGGUGGUGCGGGCACUGCAUCACCUCUCGAUGCUGUGAGUCGGCAUCGCAGACUCUGAUUCGACCGUCCGCUACCGCUCUGCUGAGUCCCAAACCGCUUCCACCGACUCGCAUCAUGGUUGAAGUGCUGAAUCAGUUGGGUGACUUGGGUCGCCGUCAGAUGAAGAAUGGCAGCGAAUGAGAAUGAUGGACACCCGCAGCCUCAACCUCAAAGAAAGGGAAAGCGAAAGCGAAAGGGAAAGGGUCCGCUUUGGCGUGAAGUAAGGGAGUGAGGAAGCAAGGGCUCCCUCCAUUCGUUCAUUCUGAAAAGUCGCCUAUAAUAAGAAGCGCAUCCGCCUCCAUCUCGAUUUCGUCUCUCAACUGCACCUGUUAUCGUUCAUUAUUGGCCUAUCCAUCAGUCCCGAGGUCACAGUCACACGACCUCACUGCUCUUUCUUUCAACUCGCGCUGGACGAAACAACAACUCGGUCAUUGUCGAUCGCCAACAAUAUUUCGCAGGUUUCCUUCGCUCACCGAUGUUCAAUGCGUUGGUAAAUGGUAGUUAUAGGGAGAUAUGUCGACUAUCAAGGCUUCAUCUGAGAUAUAUGAUAUCUCGUCGAUCAUAUUGGACACAUCGGAUAAUCCCUCGUGGGAGGGGUCGAUGAGGGGUCGAACCGCCCUUAGUACUCUCCAUGCCAGGGACGGUGUCGGAAUUCGGACGAGAUUCCAAGAGGUUACUGAACGACUGGUAGAGGGGUUGGAAGUUUGGUCAACAUCUUUCCAUUCGUCAAUUGAUAUCUCGCCAGUUGUUCCACCACAUCUCCACCUUCUCGUCUCCCUUCAUCCGCUGGCCUAUUGGCCAUACACAAACUCCCAUACGUCCGGCUCGAAACCGUAUCUUUGGAGAAAUUGAGGUAUCUUGUUACGCAGCAAAGUCCUUCGGUUUCAUGAAAGAACCCAGCUCCACUAACAAUAAUAGUUGUUGCUUUUUCCGAUCAACCAAAAUUGUGUGCCGCGUCAAAAUCAGAGAUCGAGAUGCAAAUCUACUGUUAUUCUUUCCAUGCGAUCAGCCAUUUUUCCACACAACCUAUGGCCAGCUCCUUGCCGAGUUCCAAGUAAGACAUGAAGGAAGUUUUCAUGUCUAGAUUUCAAGAUUCCCCCCCAUGGGGCCAUGGCAUACAACACGCGCUGUCUUGCUACUUUUGUUCAUUGAUUUCAUUCGACUUCAAAAUCUCAUUACCACACUCAAGAAAUAAGUCUUAAAACCCCACAAAAACAUCCUUCUUCUUUUUCUCCAGUUCCUUAAUUGUACUAGUCCAACUAUCAUCAAUCUCUUUAUGUAAAAAGUGAACUCUCAGCAGGUAUUCAGACCCCUAAAUGUUUCAUUUUGCCAAGUUUUGGUCUACUUUGAAUCUGACUGGGAAGGCAUUUGGGCCUUGGCAUUUACAACUCUCUUCUGGCGAUCGAACAACAUAUUGUUAUCAACCUAAUGUUUCCCCUUGAAAAAGAAACCUAUGGUGUUUUGUUCGCACACGUUCUACUUGUUUACAUUCGAUUGUUUCCAGAUUGUUUCUCAUGGAAUGUCGCAAAUGGGCUUGAUAAGGAGGAAUACACGCAUUCGGAUAAUGGCGACACGCUCACAGCAAUCACGUUAUCCAUUCUGACAUCCACCACACUCUUUAUCGAAAUGCGAGUUGAUGACGAAGCUCCUCGCAAUUUUCCU